UGGGUGUGGGUGUGGGGGGAGAGUGGGGUAAUUUUUAGCGGGUAAAUAACAACAUUAUGAGUCUCCAAUCCCUUUGUUUUUGCACUUUUUUGAAGUCGCAUGCGUGUGACAUUCACUUAUGGCAUGGUUAAUGGCACUUAUGGCGUGUGUUAAACCUGCCUACUGUCUCUUUAAAUUUACCCAGGAGCCCCCAAAGGAGCCCCAGGGGCCCAUGCACGGAUCCCCACCCUAAACACUUGAGCUGUUUAAAACACGGCCGGGGAUCCGCUUUUAGCACGGCUUAAAAAAAAAAAACAGAAAAAAAAAAAAACAGAGAGCACCUCUUUUAUUUCUCAAAAGACACGGAUCCCGCAGACCCAACACCGACUGGUUCACAGAUCUGGAAAUGUUGAAGUUGGAGGCUCCUGGCUUUUUGAGAAAGGGGAGAGGGGCCGGGGGAGAUAUGGGUGCACGGUAAUGCUAACUGCAAUAUUAAGAAUAUUAAUAACAGCAAUAAUACCUAUAGAAAAGAAUUCGAGGACCGCGCACGACAUUGCAAAAGAAUAAAUCCUGCAAAUCGCAUUACUAAAAUAAAAAAAAAACACAAUGGACGAAGUAGAGACGCACAAAGGAGACACCCCUUCCUAUCUGCGCUCUGGAGAGGGCGGUGCGAUCAGAACUAGAGGGACCGGCGACGGUCCAGAAGAACCAGCAAUGCUCAGGCGGCCGAAGCAGGAGGAGGAGCUGAACGGAGCUGUCGCUGACCCGGGCGAGUCACCAUCUGGCCCAGCUUUGGAGCGCUGCCUCAAGCUGUCUCCGGGAGGAGGAGAGGGGGAGGGCAACAUGCCCAACUGGAGCCAGCCAGCCUCCAUACCGUUCUCCCCCUCCCCUGCCACCUUCCUCCUCCCCUCCCCCCUCUCCUCCUGCUGUGGGGCCCGUAAGCACGGAGAGCAGCGGGAGGAGCGAGCGUCGCGCCCGGGAAAGAGUCGCAUCCCAGGCAGGGACCACCGGCGCUAUUACCACGAGUACUGGCGCACGGAGUUCCUGAUGGACUUCGAGCCGCAGCGCCACGGCAUGAUCUGCAUGGUGUGUGGGAGCUCGCUGGCCACGCUCAAGCUCAGCACUAUCAAAAGGCACAUUCGCCAGAAGCACCCGGACUCCCUGCUCUGGAGCCAGGCUGACAAGCAGGUGAUCCGCUCGGGCUGGGAAGCGCACCUCUCCCUGGAAGGAGGGCGCGGGGCUGGAGCCGCUGGCCCGGGCAGCGCUGAGGUGCUGGACUGUGCGAGGCGCUCUGUGGGAAAGCCUCGCUUGUGUGACCCGAAGAGAAGCCCGCAGAGAGGGCCAGGGGAGGGCGGCAGGGGGGCUCAGCCGCGAGGGGGUCCUGGCUCUGGAGUGCGCACUCUGGAACGCUACCUCAAUGAGGCCCUGCAGUCCUGGCUCAGGCAGGAGUUCCUGAUGGAGUACCACGCGGAGGCCAGCCGGCUGGUGUGCAUGGUGUGCGGCAACGAGCUGCCCUCGCUGCACCUCGAGGACAUCAAGAGACACCUGCUGGACAUCCACCCCAACUCCCUGAUCUACACCGCCGAGGAGAAGCACAGCAUCCUGCAGAUCUGGGGCGAGAGGAGCUCCCUCUACAGGGGCAACACAGGUACUGCGCCACGGUCAUUCCAGCAUCUCUGUGUAGAGAAGGACAGCACAGAUCAAAGAACACUGCAAGCCAGGGUGCAGGAGGAAGUUACUGCCUGUGGCACUGAAUGUAGCCAGCGAUGUAGUGUUACUCUUCAACCUGCCCUAAUCUGGUUUCUUGUUGCUAUUAGCAGUCAUUAUGCAGUCGACGUCAGUCCUCUGAACAGCUCUGAAAUCUCUAUCAAAUCUGAACCAGAGACAGAUGGAGAGACAGAGUGCGACAGCAACUACCUUCCCCGGAAACACGACAACGAGGCUCUGAGUUCCACCCUCGAGAAAAGGCCUAGGAGCAGGGACCCAGCCUGGAAGACCACCCCCAGCUCCCCCCUCCGCAAGAGGCACCGACUCCCAGCCGAAACCCCCGGCCCUUGCUACCAGGAGCGCUGGCGGCUGGACUACCUGGUGACCUACAACUGGCAGAGCGGCAGUCUGGUGUGCAUGGUGUGUGGACAGCCCCUGCCGGCCCUCAGACUGGGAGCCAUCAAGAGACACAUCCAGCACAGCCACCCUGAGAGCGCCAGCCUGGGCCUGUCAGACAGAAAGGCCCUCGCAGAGGCCUGGAGCAAGGGGGAGGGAGCCGAGAUCGCGGGGGAGGCACCCUGCAGCCCCGUGCCAGAAGAUCUGCUCAGCGCUCCCCUGCAGCUCCACGCACCCCUACAGCUCAGCGAUCCACAGCGGACUCUUGUUCCCUUCGGCAGCGGCUCCGUGAAGGAAGAGCGGACAGCGGCCAGCCCGGUGGAGACCAGCCUGGGUAGCAGCCAGCAGGGGGCGGGGGUCCCCGGGGGCCUCCAGGACAGAGCGGGGCCCCGGCGGAGCCACUACCCCGGCAAAGACCAGAGGCGGAACUACCAGGUGCGCUGGAAGCUGGAGUACCUGAUGGAUUACGACUGCCGGCGACACAGCCUGUUCUGCCUGGUGUGCGGGGGCACCCUGGCCACGCUCAAAGUCAGCACCAUCAAGAGACACAUCCAGCAGAUGCACCCGCACUCGCUGCAGCUCGGGCCCCAGGAGAAGCAGGACAUCCUGCAGGGUCACAGCCAGAGGGGCCAGCGCUGCCUGCACUCCCAGGACUGCUUCAGCACUGCAGACAGGGGCAAGGCUGGGGUCUGAGAGGGCUGACCCGGGCUGUGCAGUCCAGACUGGCACGAGCAGCAUGGCAGCAUCACCACUAUCCAGGAAUGUAUUCUCUAAAACCGAGGGAACAGGGAGACAGAGGCUUCAGACCUCUAGCAUAACAGGAGACCGGGAGACCUACAGCUCUGGCCAAAAGUUUUGCAUUAUUCAGAUUGAGACAAUAUGAACAUAAUUUAGAUCUUGUGUUUAACAUCAUGUAAUCAAAGAAACUACAAAAUGAUCUCGCAAUAGACUACCGGGAACAUAAUAGCAGUACAUGCCACAUUUUUCAAUUCCUUUUUUCUUGAAGUAUAUGGAAAACUACAAAGCAGUGUGUAAUUCAACAACGUAACA